GUACAACUGAGCUUGCUUCAUUGUAUUUCAUUGCACUGUUAUCAUCUCUGAAAGCAGAACUACAAGCCAGAAUGGAGUAUCACCAUGCCUCAGCGAUGAACGGAGGCGUGUCUGAAUACCUGGUCAUCGAGUCUAAACAUAAUUGUACGUGCAAACAGGAAAAGGAAUCCAAGGAGGCUGCUGAUUCCAAAAAGCUGGCUCUAAUUGAGAACGCUUACAGUACCAUACUGACUGGGCUCGGAGAAGACGUGGACCGGGAGGGACUUCUACGGACACCACUGCGUGCUGCCAAAGCCAUGCAGUUCCUCACCAAAGGCUACAAGGAAACCACUCAAGACAUUUUGAAUGAUGCAAUCUUUGACGAAAACCACGAAGAAAUGGUGAUCGUCAAGGAUAUCGAGCUGUUUUCUCUCUGUGAACAUCACCUGGUGCCCUUCUUUGGCAAGGCUCACAUAGCAUACCUACCAAACAAGAAAGUGGUUGGUCUGAGCAAGCUUGCAAGAAUUGUUGAGAUCUACAGCAGGAGGCUUCAAGUUCAGGAGCGUCUGACCAAACAGAUUGCUUCAGCCAUCGCUGAGGCUUUGGAGCCUGCUGGAGUUGCAGUUGUGAUUGAGGCUGUACACAUGUGCAUGGUGAUGAGAGGUGUGCAGAAGAUGAACGCCAGUACUGUUACAAGUGUCAUGCUGGGAAGAUUUCAUGAUGAUACCAAGGCCAGGAAGGAGUUCCUUACUCUCACACUGAAGAAGUAAAACAUUUUUACCUCAACACACUGUUACAGAUGGAAUUGUACAGUGUUUUAACACCAAUGUGUUCUUUUUAUUUAAACUUUACAUAUAUAUGUAUAUAUCUAUAUACAUACUGUAUAUAAGAAUAUAAAACUGCAAGUGUUUAUGUCAGUAUUUUAUUCAGUAAGCCACUUGGUUAAUUGUUGAACUAAAAUUGAUGUCAUGUGUGUAGAUUGAAAUGCCACAUGAAAGAAAUGUGUCACUAAAAAAACACUGCCAUAUAAAAUGAUUUGUUGUCAAAUUAAUGAUUUUUUUAAUUAAUUACUACAAGAUGUUUCAAUGUAUAAAUGUUUAACUCUUGUGAAAAUAAAGGCAAAGCUAAUUCUUAGCUUAGUCAGGAGUCGUUCAGGUAGAAUAGCGCCCCCUGUCCAAAAAACAAACCAAAGUAAACAUAAAUUGUCAGUAAUUUGUUUAAGUCUCAACAGUAUUUAACAGACUAUUAAAACCAUUAAUUAUUAACAUCACAAAUAACUGCUGUUAUUUGAGGAGCGGAGCUGAUAAUCCAAGAGCUCAUUCAAAGCGGAUCUGAGUCCAGGCUGCGCUCAGAGUGCCCUCUGCUGGACCAUAUGGUAAUUACUUAAAAAAGAGGUUCAAAUGUCAUCAGUGACUUUAUAACAGACCUCUAUCUACAGCAAGUAGCCGAGCAGAAAAUGUCAAAUAAUCAUGUGGGACGCACUAAUGGCCCUUUCUCUGCAGUUUGUUUUUAGUUUGUCUUUUGUACAUUGGAAUUGAAUUAGACAAUAAAUACUUCUAAAAAGAA